AUGGCCCCUCCUAUUACCGGGACGACUGAUGUCUCCCGUAUCGAGGCGCCCGUCACCGCCAAGGCGUACAUGAUGUGCGCCUUCGCCUCGUUCGGUGGUAUCUUCUUCGGUUUCGACUCGGGGUACAUUUCCGGUGUCAUGGGCAUGCCCUAUUUCAUCCACCUGUACACCGGCCUGCCCUAUCCCGGCGCCGAUGCCAGCGACGCCGAGAAGAAGGCCUUUUCGCUGCCCGCCUCCAAGAAGUCGCUCAUCACCUCGAUUCUCUCUGCUGGAACUUUCUUCGGUGCCCUCAUUGCGGGUGAUCUCGCGGAUUGGUAUGGACGACGGACCACCAUCAUCAUGGGCUGCGCUAUCUUCAUUGUCGGUGUCAUUCUCCAGACGGCCUCCACGGGUCUCGGCCUGCUCGUCGCCGGCCGCUUGAUUGCUGGCUUCGGUGUCGGUUUCGUCUCCGCCAUUAUCGUCCUCUAUAUGUCUGAGAUCGCCCCCAAGAAGGUUCGUGGAGCCAUCGUCUCGGGAUACCAAUUCUGCAUUACCAUCGGUCUGCUGUUGGCCGCCUGCGUCGAUUAUGGCACCCAAGACCGCAUGGAUACCGGCUCAUACCGUAUCCCAAUUGCCAUCCAGAUGCUCUGGGCCUUGAUUUUGGCAACGGGACUUUUCCUGCUUCCUGAGUCCCCUCGUUAUUUCGUCAAGAAGGGCAACCUCGAGAAGGCCGCCCAGGUCCUGACCCGUCUCCGUGGAGAGCCCGAGGGCUCGGAAUAUAUCCAGCAGGAAUUGGCCGAGAUUGUCGCCAACCACGAGCAUGAGCUGUCCGUCAUCCCCCAGAGCGGCUACUUCGGUUCCUGGAUGAACUGCUUCACCGGCGGUCUCCGCAACCCAUCUUCCAAUCUCCGCCGGACCAUCCUCGGAACCUCCCUCCAGAUGAUGCAACAGUGGACUGGUAUCAACUUCAUCUUCUACUUCGGAACCACCUUCUUCCAGGGUCUCGGGACGAUCAAGAACCCCUUCCUCAUCGGUCUUGUCACCACCCUCGUCAACGUCUGCACCACUCCCAUCUCUUUCUACACCAUUGAGCGUUUCGGUCGUCGCACCAUCCUCAUCUACGGCGCCUUGGGCAUGUUGAUCUGCGAGUUCAUCGUUGGUAUCGUGGGUGUUACUGCCGGCCGCGAGAGCUUGCACAACAAUGCCGCCGUCUCCUCGCAGAUUGCGUUCAUUUGCAUCUACAUCGCCUUCUUUGCCACCACAUGGGGUCCAGGUGCCUGGGUUCUCAUCGGCGAGAUCUUCCCUCUUCCCAUCCGAUCCCGCGGUGUUGCCCUCUCAACCGCAUCCAACUGGCUGUGGAACUGCAUCAUUGCCGUCAUCACCCCAUACAUGGUCGGAACCGAUAAGGGCGAGGCCAACAUGGGCUCCAAGGUGUUCUUCGUCUGGGGCUCCCUCUGCACCGCCUGCUUCGUCUACUCAUACCUCCUUAUCCCCGAGACCAAGGGCCUCUCCCUCGAGCAGGUCGACAAGAUGUUGGAGGAGACCAACCCACGAAACAGCGCCAAGUGGGUGCCACACACCACCUACGCUUCGGAAUUGGGCAUGGUCGACGAGAAGCUCCCACCCGUGCACGACGAGAAGGUCGGCUCCGGCAACCCCGCCGCUGUGGUCUAA